CAGUAUACCCUCGUCGAGAGAGAGCUGCCGAUGAUGGCGACUCAUUUCCGAACCCGGAUCAGAUUUCCAGAUCACUCGAAUAAAAAACCCAGUGGGUAUUUCUUCUUCAUUUGCCGAUUUAUCUCCAAAUCUCUGUCUGAAAGCAGUUACGAUCCUCCAUUUACUCCUGUUUCGAAGCUCCGAAAGGCAAAGAAGAAGAAGACCCACGAUGGAAAUUCGAAUUCAAACGAAAAGCCUACCCUCCCACUCCAGUCGGAUCUUCCUUUCGACUUCUUCUACUCCUACUCUGAGACCAAUCCCUCAGUUAACCCUAUAGGCUAUCGAGAAUCGCCUAAAUUCUCACCGUUUGGACCGGGCCGGCUCGACCGGAAAUGGACUGGAACUUCGGCCCCUGCGGUGGUGGAAGUGAAAAUAAAUGAAGUGUUAGAGGAGAGGAAACGGAUUCUUGGAGACCCAUUAUCGGAGGAGGAAGUUGCAGAGCUUGUGGAACAGUAUCGGCAUAACAAUUGCUCUCGGCAAAUCAAUCUUGGAAAGGGGGGAGUUACUCAUAAUAUGUUGGAUGACAUACACAACCACUGGAGAAGGGCUGAAGCUGUGAGGAUCAAAUGCUUGGGAGUGCCAACUCUUGAUAUGGACAAUAUAUGUUUCCACCUUGAGGACAAGUCUGGUGGGAAGAUUAUAUAUCGACAUAUCAACAUUCUUCUUUUAUACCGUGGUCGAAACUACGAUCCUAAGAAUCGACCAACUAUCCCUCUUAUGUUGUGGAAACCUUAUGCGCCAAUAUAUCCAAAGCUUGUGAAGAAUGUGGCAGAUGGUUUGUCAUUUGAUGAAACAAAGGAAAUGAGAAACAGAGGAUUGAAUUCCCCUCCUCUGAUGAAACUUACGAGGAAUGGUGUAUAUGUUAACGUCGUGGACAGAGUGAGGGAGGCCUUCAAGUUCGAGGAGGUGGUUAGACUAGAUUGUAUCCAUGUCGGAAGCAGUGACUGCAAACAGAUUGGUGUUAAAUUAAGGGUUUUGGUACCUUGUGUGCCCAUUUUAUUCAAGGAUGAGCAGAUUAUUCUGUGGAGAGGGAAGAAAGAUCAUGAAGAGGACAUGAACUCAUAGAUGGUGAAUGGUUUCUCUUCCAGCAUAAUCAAAUUAUACUGUAUACCCAUUUUGUUUAGGGUUGAGCAGAUUAUUCCAUGGAUUGUGAAGAGACGAACUUGAAAGGCAGAGAUAAUGUAGACUGUAAUGGUGCUACAUAUCUUGAAUGAGUUUUGGAAAUUUGUAGAUUUUCAUUUCUCAAAACCCCUUGUAUUGUAUUGUUGAAGUUGAGCAUCUCGAUUAAACUUGUAGUCGUAGCCCGUAGGGAAGUUUAUAUCUGAUAUUGGCUGUGAAUGAGAUAAAUGUUUAAUAU